CUGUAGCCUAAACACACUCCCACAGCUGAGUAGUGUGACAAGAUUAGAGCUGUAAACAUGAACAUUCUCCCGUAAUUUUUUUCUCCCCCAGAUGAGAAUGAAUUUCACGGACGCCAGAGGGUUAGAAGAGAGUUAAACCUGAACUGCAGAUGUUUGGAUGUGAGGAAUAUCGUAGUGUCGCCCCAUUUGAUAACUGGGCCACGGUCCUAUGCAGUAGAAGAAGUGGGGGAUGGGAUGGAGAUAGAGGAGAAGCUCACUGCCAAUCUCGUUCCUCUCCCAGUGAAAUCUCCUAGACAGCUCCAGAAUAACCCCUGCUGGGAGAGAUUUAACACGUCCAAUUCCAACUGUGCUCAGACGCAUUCCGAAACGGGCGUCGACGAUCCUCCACCUCAGAAGAAUAGAAAAGUUGCUCAAAGCAAAAAAUAUUCCUCACCGCAAUCUGAACAAACAAACAUCAAACAACAGAGACUGAAGCAGCGACUGCUGCCACUGACCAGGUCCCAUUGGGGCCCAGCCUCUUCAUGUGUUUUGUGUGUAGAGCAGUCUGCAGAGGAACUAGCAGUGCCAUGGCGGUGUAGGGCGAUGGUGGCACAGAACCCUGAACCAUCUCGGCUCCCUUCCAGAAUCCUGCCAAACCUCCAAAACACAAUUAGAGCAUCUGGCUGUGAGAUACUGGAGCUGUGCCGACGUAUGUCCUCUAGGAUGAACUAUGUGAACCAUGUGAGCCCGACCACAUCUGGAACUGGAACAAGACCGGUGGGUUGGAGGUUGCUUGGGAAGCCCGUCGGUGACAGCGGAGCACAGGUGCGGGUCAGUCAACCAGAACACCACUCCUGGAAAGUGAGAAAGUUCUCUGGGGCAUCAGUUGACAGCCACAGUCUCACCAGCCUUCUGCAUAAUAGUGAUUGUGGUUCUGGUGUAUCCAGGGAAAGCCAGACCCAGACACAUCUUCCAGAUACUGGGCUCUCUGGCUGUGCUAAAGACAGCAAAGGAGACAGCCAACAGCAUGGACGGAAGGUCAGCGGAUCCAGGAGGGACCAGAGAGGUGGAGGUGGGGUUGGAAAAGUGAGACAGAUGCCCAGAGAAGAAUCCUUGCGGUGGGGUGAAGGAUCAACAUGGCCUUGGGACUCCGAGAGUCAGUCAAGGAACCAGCGGCAGAACGAGUCCCCAACAGACUGUGAUGUCACCCUACUGCACAUUGUGCAUCUUUUACAGUGUAGGUCAGUCAAUCUGUCUCAUGUCAGGGAAGAAGGACAAUUUGGAGAUGAUUUUCAACAUAUCCUUCACAACAGACAAACUUGACUCAAGCAAAUAGCAAGAUAUUUAGUAUUCAGAGUAGGUUAGUGAAUGGACAGGAGGAGCGAGCAAUCUUGAUAUAAUUAUUUUUUAUUCCAAGACUGUAAAUUGAAUUUUGUCUACAGUGUAAAAGGUCAUGAUAAAAAGACAAAGGAAUGAAAUAGAAGUUUGGUAAAACAACUGGGUGACCAGAAUAUCAACAACAUCCAUACAAAAUGAUUCACUAUGCUAAAUAAUGACAAUGUAACAGUCUGACUUCAAACCAGGGAAGAACAAGAAGAAAAACCUGUCAUUUAAAAAAAGAUCAGUAGCUAGGUUGCAUGAAAGUCUUGUCUAUGGACCAAAAGUUUAACAAAAAGGUAUGAAUGUGUAGAUUAGCAAAAAGGUAUGAAUGUGUAGUUUAACAAAAAGGUAUGAAUGUGUAGUUUAACAAAAAGGUAUGAAUGUGUAAUUUAACAAAAAGGUAUGAAUGUGUAGUUUAACAAAAAGGUAUGAAUGUGUAGUUUAACAAAAAGGUAUGAAUGUGUAGUUUAACAAAAAGGUAUGAAUGUGUAGUUUAACAAAAAGGUAUGAAUGUGUAGUUUAACAAAAGGGUAUGAAUGUGUAGUUUAACAAAAAGGUAUGAAUGUGUAGUUUAACAAAAAGGUAUGAAUGUCUAGUUUAACCAAAUGUAUGAGUAUGUAGUUUAAUCAAAUGUAUGAGUAUCUAGUGUAACCAAAUGUAUGAGUAUCUAGUGCAACCAAGCGUAUGAGUAUGUAGUGUAACCAAAUGUAUGAGUAUGUAGUGUAACCAAGUGUAUGAGUAUGUAGUUUAACUAAAUGUAUGAGUAUGUAGUGUAACAAAAAGUAUGCAGUAGAGGCUGUAAUACAACAUAAAUAGAGGAAAUAAUAAAGUCAGAGUAUAAAAAAAUCAGUACAUAGUCAUGUGCACUUGUACAACAUGGUAUAGCUAUGUUAAAGUAAUACUAGUCCAUUAACACAUGUACUGUACUUUUUGUGAACAAACACACACAUACAUACAGUGCACAACCAUAAGAAAAUAGACAGCCAUAAUGUCUGACAGAAGGAUAUUGACCUACAGUAUGUAUACAUUUUAUACAGUUCACUUUUUCCAUCAUUUGAAUAUAAUAACACUAACUGUUAGGUCUUGCAAUGCACAUGUUAGCAGAUUUUACAAAUCCUGAAUGUUCUAGACAUAAUUACGUAUAUUUUCCAAGCAGCAGCGGUAUGGGCGGCCAUCUUGCCUGCGUUUCUGAGUCAAGCUUGAUUUUAAAGUGCUGCUGUUAUCAUGUUCCUGUGUUGUUGUGUCCUUUAUGAUAGUUCAGUGCUUUAGUGAUCAUUACAAAAAUAUAGAUUUCAGGGGCAACAUAAUGGGGACAUCAAUAUUAUGCUCUGCUCUUCUCUACUCAUGGGCAAAACAGUCAGAAAAUGAAUGUUAUUGCUCCUCUUAAAACUAUUUUCGCAUUGACUGGG